UGUUAAAUCUAAGGUAAACAACUUUUUAAAACGCUUCUGUAAAAGUCAAAUAAAUCUUUGGCUUAUCAGGACAAAAUCAAUAUGCGGUAACGGAGAGUUCUACAAUGCGUCACGCGUGUGUCUGAACUGUCAACACAGAGAGUCAACAGGGGCCAUUUUCUUAUGUUUGAACACAAGACUAAUGUGUCCCAUGGCUCCUGCGAGGUAAAUCCGAGGACUGUCACACGAAGAAUUGACUCAAGGAUUGUCAGAUGGAGAGCAGAGAAAUUUAAAAGGGAGAGUUGUAUAAUUUAAAAAGAAGCCUUGCUACUCUUUAAUCAUGACAAGCUCUCAUGGCCCUUCAUCCUGGCAUCCAACUAAUUCCAUUAUCUCUGAGGUGGAUCGUAAACAUCUAGCGAUAGUUGGGGAAUACCUGGAAACCCCUCCUCAUCAGCUCAAACAGAGGCAACUCGACAGGGAUCCAGAUUACGACAACAUAAACAACAUUUACUCCAGACUGCCCAGUAAAGCUCCAUCCCCAUCCCCAUGGGCUCAGAAGACGGUACACCUCACCUGUGAAUGUCACAAACAGGGUCAAACUACACCUGGGAGAGGUAAACGGAGACCUAAGGGGGGCACUGACAGUUCAGGGGAAGACUCAGACGGGGAGGAAGAAGAUAUUGACAUCGGUGCACUUUUGAAAAUGCUAGAGGGACUUAGCAAGAGGCCCGAUGGUAGAAUAUCCUGUCAAGCCUUCCGAGGGGUGCUGGAAGGGUAUUCCUGUCAAGAGGCCCUGCCACAGGAUCAGCUAAAUAAGGUGUGUCAGUAUUUGGAGUCCGGGAGCCAGAAGAUACAAGAGAUGGCCUGGAGUUUAAUCAGUCGACUGUGUGAGAACCGGGACAACUUGGCCAGUCUGCUGAGGGGGAACCUUCUGAGAGACCUUGCCCACGCUAUCAGCACCUCCCGGGAGUGUCUCGGUCCAUGUGUGGACACGGCCAUUCAUGUGGUGAAGGAGGAAAGCCUGAGGGGUGAGUGGGAUGAGGGCGUGCUGAGUAACCUAGUUCCUCUCCUGCUGACCGCACUCUCUGUGGAGGAUGUGGCCCUGGAUCACAAGUACAGGAUCGGCUGCUUCUUCCAGUCCCUGGGGAAAUUCCCGGACUUCUCGAGGAUCAUUGAAAACAGGGUGUUACCUGUCGUAUCGGAACUCAAGAAUUCCAGCGCCAAACUCAAGGAAAUCUACAUCAAGAUUUUGGGCGGGGUUGUAAGGAGUGAGGACUCGGCGAUGGCUGGUAGUGUUGAUUCGGGGGUGACUGGGGUGGCAGUGACCAUGCUGAGGGACGGACUGUGUGACCAGCAGAUAGAGGCCCUCUCCCUGCUGUGUAUCCUGUCAGAGACCGACCAUGGGAGGGUCACAGUGGUCAGUGACGAGGAGACCCUCCCCAUCACUCUUACCUGUGUCAAACAGUCUAAGUGCAGGUUAGUCAGACAGAGGGCGCUGGUGUUGAUGAACCAUGUGACCAGCACCAGGAGGCUGGGCCUGUGUAAGGAGGUGAUGAGUCACCUGUCCCACGGUCUGCUGCCCUCCCACCACACAGACAAACAAUCGGACAGACCCCCACUCAGGGGCCGGGGGGAGGGGGAGGGCAGGCUCUGGAGAGGCCUGGAUAGCUACGUGGAAUUGCUGACCAGAAUAUUUUGUAAAGAAGCCAAAGUAAACAAGGACUCCUUACAGAAGGUGGUCAGUUGUGGCUACCGACCGGGCUGUGACCUUAACCUCCUGACCUACAUUUCCUCCGCCAUUCUCAAUGUCUGCCUGUGGCCUGCACACAGAAAUAAGCAGGACCUGAACUCCCUCGACCUGUCUGGCUUCACAGACUGCCUGAUUCAAAGAAAGAAAUAUGGGAAGAUCAACAGAGCUUUGGUACAGAUGGUGUGGGAUUCGUUUGGAGAACCUAUGUUUGAACUUCUCUCCUUCUUCUCACGAAAGCUCAGAAAUGUUUCCGACUUGGCCCAUCAAGCUCGAGAGGAAGAGAAGCAGCUCUGUCCUGAUCACAGAGCUAAGUCGGCCAAUGGAUUGCGGGUGCUGGAUCGCCUAGGAUUUGCAGAUUUGUUUGCUGUAUUUGAGGAGAAGGAAGUGGAGUUGAUCGUGAUUCUCCUAGAAUUAGUGCUAGUCAUGUCCCUGUGUUCUUGUCACACUUUUUCUGACGUGUUUCCAACAACUGUAAAAUCAAAGAAAAAAUCAGUUGUUUCCUCUAAGUCAGAUGCUUCAACACAGGGCAGUUCAUCUCGUCCCACAUCCCCUGUUAAAAGCAGACCCUCCAGUGCAAUAGGUUUGUCUACAGUGUCCGAGGAAGAGCGUCGUCAGGGACUCAAACAAAAGGAAAUAAACGCCGAGCGACGGUUGUUAAGGAAGUGCUUGUAUGAGGCGGGGGUGUUUAGAGUGGUCGUACCCUUUAUUCAGUCUUCCCACCUGCAAUGUCAGAUAUUUUCCUGUGAAAUCCUUCGAGCCAACAUCCAGUGUGUGGAGGAGAGGGAGAUAACCCUCAGUAGUGUUUACGGACCAGUGAACGCCAGCGCUAAUGCCCGACUACGCCCCCAGUCUGCGGCGGCAGCUCUCACCAGAGACCUCCGUGUACAACAGGCCCUCCACACCAUGUCUCCUCACGUCGCCCACAUCAUCAAGGAUGCUCUUGGACCGAGACUUGCCCCCACCACCCCUCAUGUCAUCCCCAGGGUGGAGGAAGAAUCAGACCAAGGGGCAGUCUCCAGACUCAGUCAGUAUGUAAUUGACAACAGACCUGACUCAAGAAAAGAAGAAACAAUCCCAGAGGUCCCCAAACCUGUCCUUGACCCCAUUAGGCCAGUGUCUGGUCAGUGCUGGGACCUCCUCAUACAGGAGGGGGGAUCCAGGCUGCUGGCCCCAUUGUUUGCCUCCUCUCCAGAAGUGAAGAAGCUGUGUUCACUGUUACUAGGAGACCUGGUGCAUUUUGGGAAUGUUGAUGUACACAUGAAGCUAUCACAGCUUGGCUGUAUGCAGAAACUAUUGGACUUUCUGAGGACCAACACUAGUAACGAACUCUUGGAAAUCAUUGGUUUGAUCAUUGUCCAGAUGCUGGUAAAGAGUGACAAGAGGAUAGAGCAGGUCUUUAACCAUUACGGUGGAACACGGCUACUGAUGGCCAUGGUGAAAUUCACGACCGGAGAACUCAGAAAACAAGUCACUAGUACGCUGAAAUCAGUCACCCACGGUACCAAGAAGACAAGACCAAGCUCUGCCCCGGUCUCUCAUUCCAACAAACCACAAGAUGUGUGGGACAAGGUUCAACAACAAUGGGCUCACCAAGAUAAAGUAGAGGAAGUUUUACACCAGUGGUACAGAUGAAUAAAAUGUUACAUAAGGGUUUCAUACAAAAGAAAGUAUUACACCAGUGUUACAGAUAAACAAGAGUAUUACAUCAGUGUUACAGAUAAACAAGAGUAUUACAUCAGUGGUACAGAUGAAUAAUGUGUUACAUAAGUGUUACAUUCAAAAAAAAAGAAAUACAUCUGUGUUACAGAUAAACAAAAGUAUUACAUCAGUGGCAUAGAUGAAUAAAGUUUAUCACAUCAGUGCUACAUACAAAAGAACAUAUAACAUUAGUGUUACAGAUGAAUGAAACAUUACAUAAAUUCUACAUGUAAACCCAAAGUAUUACAGUAUUGUUUGUCAAUAUUGAGAAAAUGUAUUACAUCAGUGUUACAGAUGAACAAAAGUGUGUUACAGAUGAAAAAGUAUAACAUGAGUACAUGUAUUACAUAUAGACAAAAUAUAUUACAUCAGUGUUGCAGUUAAACUUAAGUGUUACUGUAUUAUCAGUGUUACGUGUGAACAAAAAUAUUGUAUUACUGUUAUAUAUGAACACAUUUUCAUCAUUGUUACUAAAUAUAUUACAGAUGAACAAUUGUUUUACAUCAGUGUUAACAAUGAAAAAAAUUACAUUAGUGUUUUAGAUUUACAAAAUUAUUAUAUAAGACAAGUGUUAAUAAGAACAAAAGGUAUUACAUAGUGUUACAGUUGACACCACUCUGCUAGUGAUAUUUGAAUUUAAACUAGUACUGUGCCAAAGUUAUUAAUCAUGUAUUGUUAUGUGUGGUAUGUGAGUUAUGUUACAAAAAUACAUUGUGUACCAUGAAUGAUUUAAUAAAGAUAAAUAAAGUC